GCGCGCCGCCACUGCGCCACUCAUUGAUAAAGCUCGCAAUUUUAACGCGCCCAACCGCCAGUCGGUCGUGUGCCGCCGACCCGAGCACACGUUUUCCGCGCACACCGCGAACCAACGAAUCGACUAUCGCGACGACAAAUUUCGAAAAGGACUACCAAGAUAUCCACAGUGACGGUGACCCAUCUACGAAACCAGUGGCAUGGGUGAUGGAGGCGCUAGGCGCGCGCGGUGGGCGCUGGCGGCGCUGGCCGUGCUGUGCGCGUGCGCCGCGGGCGAGCCGCGAGCCCCGCGUGCCGAUGCCCGAGCGCGCCACUGGCAGCGUGGCGCACGCACGCUCGACGACCGCGCGCCCAGUCACUUCGUAGGGCCCCAUGUGUGCCGGAGCCGCAACAGCACGCAUUGCUGCCCCGGAUGGACUUCGCGACCCAACUCCCUGCUCUGCGUAGUGCCGAUUUGCCGGCCGGAUUGCGGGUCGCCAGGGUCGUGCGUGGCGCCCAAUAUGUGUCGCUGCCCCAACGGAAUCGAAGCCUCAUCUUGUGGGGGCGGAGGUGGACUAUACCCUUACUCUGCGCGCACGCGUGGUGGCUGCCGGCGCAUCUGCAUGAACGGCGGCACCUGCAACAACGGAACUUGCGCCUGCGCGCCCGGCUGGAGCGGAGAGUUCUGUACCGAGCCGAUUUGCCACGAGCCGUGUCUGCACGGCGGACGCUGUAUCGCGCCCGACCGCUGCGUCUGCUUCCACGGCCUGUCCGGCACGCGCUGCGAGAUCGACCGCCGCACUGGUCCGUGUUACACUGAGACUCGCGGCGCGCUGUGCACGGGCGCGCUGGAAGGCGUGGUGUGCACCAAGCAGCUGUGCUGCGCUACUGUGGGCGUGGCCUGGGGACACCCCUGCGAGCGCUGCGCAGAUCUCGACUGCCCCACCGGCCAUCUCCGCAAUCUUGCCACUAAGGAAUGCCAGGAUAUAGACGAGUGCGCGGCGGUGCCCGGCCUGUGCGAGGGAGGGCGCUGCGUCAACUCGGUGGGCUCGUUCUCGUGCGAGUGCCCGCCUGGUCAGCGCCGACACCGCGUCUCCAACAAUUGCGAGGACAUCGACGAGUGCGAGGACCCCGACAUCUGCCCUAAUGGCAAAUGCGUGAAUACUGAGGGUGACUACUACUGCCUCUGCAACCCACACUUCAUCCCCAGCCCCGACAAGAAGUUUUGUAUAGACGGGCGCGUGGGGAGCUGCUUCACGUACCUGGGCGAGACGGGCGAGUGCGGAGACCGCCUGCCCGUGCCGCUGUCCAACCGCGACUGCUGCUGCGGCUACAACAUGGGCCGCGCCUGGGGCGACCUCUGCGCGCCCUGCCCGCCGCGCGGCUCCACGGAAUGGACUCAUCUCUGCGGAGGCGGCAUCAUUCCUCCGGACUGGCGACGCAACGACACGAGCGGCGGCGGCGCGGGCGGCGCGGGCGGCGGCGGAGACGCGCAGCCCAUCGCCAAGAUCAACGAGUGCAUGUUGCGCGACGGCAUCUGCGGUCUCGGCGACUGCAUCGACAAGGAUAUCGGGUACCAGUGCCAGUGCUGGGACGGCGCGGAGGCGGCGGAACAGGACGGAAAUCCAACCUGCAUCGACAUCGAUGAGUGCGCGCUCGAGUACUGCAAGGGCGGCACCUGCGUCAACAAGCCCGGCGGCUUCGAGUGCAGAUGUCCGCCCGGCUUCGACCCGGUGGAGAACGGCCUGCGCUGCAGCGACAAGAACGAGUGCGAGAUGACCGGCGGCGGCAUGUGCAGCAACGGCGUCUGCAUCAACGUCGACGGCGGUUUCGAGUGUCAGUGCCUGGCGGGGUACGAGGCGACGGAGCGCGGACACGCUUGCCGCGACGUGGACGAGUGCCGCGACAACCCGCGCGUGUGUCGGCGCGGCCGCUGUCGCAACACGCCCGGCGGCUACGAGUGCGCCUGCGAGCCGGGCUUCGCGCCCACCGCCGGCGGGUACUGCGCCGACGUCGACGAGUGCACCGACACUUCGCUCUGCCACGGCGGUCGUUGCGUGAACAGCGAGGGGUCGUUCCAGUGCGUGUGCGAGGCGGGGUACCGCGGCACUGCGGCACGCGGCGCCUGCGUCGACGUGGACGAGUGCGCGGAGCUGCGCGUGUGCCGCAACGGCCGCUGUCGCAACUCGCCCGGCUCCUUCCGCUGCGACUGCUUGCCCGGCUUCACGCUCAGCAACGACGGCCGCACCUGCCUCGACGAAGUACAGGACCUGUGCUACGAGAAGUAUGAGGACGGCCAGUGCUCGGGACCCGGCACCACGCCCGUCACCCGCUCGCAGUGCUGCUGCAGCGCCACUAAAGGUUUCAAAUUGGGCUGGGGAGUGGGUUGCAAGGAGUGUCCCAAGCCGGGAACGUCCGACUACGACAUCCUGUGUCCGGAGGGGCCGAGCAAGGACAACGGCGGCGCAGACAUCAACGAGUGCACGAUGAUCCCCGGCGUGUGCGCACACGGCACCUGCGAGAACCUCGAGCCCGGAUACAAGUGCAUCUGCGACCCCGGCUACCACCCCGACGCCGACGGCAUCUGCCGGGACAUAGACGAGUGCGACAUGCACCAGUCGUACUGCACUGGCGGUCAAUGUCGCAACACGUUGGGCAGCUUCACGUGCGUGUGUCCGCCCGGCACGAGGCUGGACGCCGAGGAGCAGCUUUGCCGCGACAUCGACGAGUGCGAGGGUGAGACAGUUUACACCGACACCGACUCCGACAUAGACCGCGGCGACAUCCCCCCCACCUUCCGCCGCGCAGAGCAGUCCAACCCGUGCGACAACGGGCGCUGCAUCAACACGCACGGCAGCUACGAGUGCGAGUGCGAGCACGGUUUUGUGCUCGACGCCACCGCCCAGCACUGCCUCGACAACCGGCGCGGCUCGUGUUGGCGGCGCGCGGUGGACGGGCAGUGCGAGGGCGCGGCGGCGGGCGCGCUGCUGCGCCAGGAGUGCUGCUGCGGCGUGGGCCUGGCCUGGGGCUCGCCCUGCGCGCCCUGCCUGCCCGAGCACUGCCCCUGUCCCAAGGGAUUCGCUAAGUUGGACGGCGCGACGUGCCGCGACCUGGACGAGUGCAUGCUGGACGCCGAGCUGUGCGCGGGUGGCACCUGCGUCAACACAGACGGCUCCUACCGCUGCGACUGCCCGCCCGGACUCACGCUCGACUCCACCGGCAACCGCUGCGUGGACACGCGCAAGGAGUAUUGCUACACGGAGUACAUCGGCGGGCGCUGCUCCAACCCGCUGCAGGUGUCCGUCUACCGCGCCAUCUGCUGCUGCUCCUCCCUCGGCAAGGCCUGGGGCGACGGCCGCUGCGAGGCCUGUCCCAAGAAAGGUACCGACGCAUACCGUACCCUCUGCAUAUCGGACGUGAGCGGUCCGGCGACGACCUGGGACCGGCCGUACCUCGGCGGACCGAACGGCACCGACAUCUGGAGCCACACGGGCGGCGGCGACUUCGACAGCGACUGGGACGUCGACGUCAAGAACAACCUGGGCAACGGCACGUUCGACGGCUGGCGACCCGGCGGCGGCCUCGUGCCCGGACAGAUGGAAGUCAACGAGUGCGCCGCAUUCCCCGGACUCUGCGGUCACGGCAGAUGCAAAAAUAUGCUCGGCACAUUCACCUGCGAAUGCUUCCCUGGUUAUGAAAAGGACUCUAAGAACCACACCUGCGUGGACGUUAACGAGUGCGAGAUCGUGGACGAGGUGUGCGGCGCGGGCGAGUGCCGCAACACCGACGGCAGCUUCUCCUGCCACUGCCGCGACGGACAUCGCGCAGACGAGCUCACCAAAGUUUGCGUCGACAUUGACGAGUGCGCAGAGAACAGCGCAUUGUGCCGCAACGGGCGCUGCGUGAACACGCCCGGCUCCUUCCGCUGCGAGUGCGCGGCCGGCAUGGAGCUCGCGCCCGACCGCCUCUCCUGCAAGGACGUCGACGAGUGCUCCAUCACCUCCGGUAUCUGCAGCAACGGCGCGUGCGAGAACCUGAUGGGAACAUACCAGUGCGUGUGCGACGAGGGCUACGCGCAAUCGAGCGUCAAGUCGCACUGUGAGGACAUCGACGAGUGCAGCGAGGACCCCACGCGAUGCCAGCACGAGUGCGUCAACACACCCGGCUCAUACCACUGCGAGUGCAGGGACGGAUGGCGGCUGCGCGCGGACGGGCGCACGUGUCGCGACGUGGACGAGUGCGGCGAGGGCGCGCGCGUGUGCGGCGGAGGCACGUGUCGCAACACGCCCGGCGCCUACCGCUGCGAGUGCUCCACCGGCCUGCUGCCCGCGCCGCCCGGCGUGCCCCCCACCUGCCUCGACGUCGACGAGUGCACAGACAUUCCCGAGCUGUGCGGCGCCGGCGAGUGCCGCAACACGAUCGGCAGCUUCGUGUGUCGCUGUCCCGACGGGUACAGCGUGAAGCCGGACCAGGGCCCCGCCUGCACCGACGACGACGAGUGCGAGCUCGGCACCUGCGACUGCCACCCCGCCGCAGACUGCAUCAACCUGCCGGGUUCUUUCCAAUGCCGGUGCCGCGACGGAUGGCGCGGGGACGGCACGGAGUGCGAGGACGUGGACGAGUGCCUCACCAACAACGGCGGCUGUCACCCGCGCGCCACCUGCCGCAACACCGACGGCUCCUUCAUGUGCCUCUGCGACACCGGCUACAAGGGCGACGGGUACUCGUGUGUGGAUAUCGACGAGUGCGGCAACGACCCCACGCUGUGCGAGAACGGUCACUGUACUAACACUCCCGGCGGCUACGAGUGCGACUGCGACGUCGGCUUCACCAAGUCCGCCGACGGCCGCUCCUGUCUAGACAUGGACGAGUGCGCGACGUUCGACAACGUGUGCGUGUUCGGGCGCUGCGUCAACACCUACGGCAUGUUCAAGUGCAUCUGCGACAAGGGCUACCAGUCCGACAGCGUCGACGACCUGAUGCCGGGAUUCAACUGCACGGACGUGGACGAGUGCAAGUCGCCGCAGUCGUGUCAGUACGGCACCUGUCUCAAUACGCAGGGCUCCUACAUCUGCCGCUGUCCGCCCAACUACGAGCUCGUCUCCGACGGCACCGCAUGCUUCGACUCUCGCAAGGCGAGGUGCUACGGGCAGGUGGACCUGCGCUCGGGCACCGAGCACUGCCGCGACAGCGACGAGCUCUCCGAGGACGGCACCAUGGCCGCCUGCUGCUGCUCCGUCGGCGCGGCGUGGGGCAACUACUGCGACCUGUGCCCGGAGCCGGGCUCGGAGGCCUACCGCCAGCUCUGCCCCGGCGGCCCCGGCUACCAGCCCGUCCUCGAACCCCCGUCGUACGUGGUGACUCUGGCGGACAUAGACGAGUGCGCGCAGCACCCGGCGCUGUGCGAGCACGGCACCUGCACCAACACGUUCGGGUCCUUCGUGUGCACGUGCGGGCCGGGGCGCCGCCUGUCGGAGGGCGCCGGCGCCGCGCGCUGCGACGACAUCGACGAGUGCGCGCAGCCCGACAUCUGCGGCCCCGGCGUCUGCCGCAACCUGCCCGGCUCCUACGUCUGCCUCUGCCCGGAGGGAUACGUCGCCAUGCCCAACGGAAAGGAGUGCGUGGACGUGCGGCAGCGGCAGUGCUACCUGGACUGGGAGCCGGAGACGGGGCGCUGCAGCGCUGCGGUGGGCGUGCCGCAGACCAAGUACCUGUGCUGCUGCUCCGUGGGCCGGGCCUGGGGCGCGCCCUGCGAGGCCUGCCCCGACAAGGGGUCGCAAGAGCACAUGGCGCUGUGCGGAGAGAAGCCGGGCGAGUACAUUAACCCGAUGAACCCGAACGAGACGCGGCCCAUCAACGAGUGCGACAUCAUGCCGCAGCUGUGCAAGCCCGGCUCCUGCCAUGACACCCCCACCGGGUUCCAGUGCGGCUGCGAUCACGGAUACGAGCACGACAACACGUCGCACCUGUGCCGCGACAUCGACGAGUGUCAAGGCGCGCGGCCGCCAUGCCGCGGGCUGGCGCAGUGCGUCAACCUGCCCGGCGCCUUCGAGUGCCGCUGUCCCGCCGGCUACCGGCUCACGGCCUCGCUCGACGAGUGCGAGGACGUCGACGAAUGCGCCGACCAGCGCCUCUGCGAACACGGCGAGUGCAGGAACACCAUCGGAUCCUACAGGUGCGAGUGCGCGCCGGGAUACACGCUGCGGGAGAACGCUUGCCGCGACGUGGACGAGUGCGCUCGGCCGCGGCCGCUGUGUCGCAACGGCACCUGCGAGAACCGGCCCGGCUCCUACGUGUGUCACUGCGAUGAGGGUUUCAAGCCCGGCGCAAACAACGACUGCAUCGAUAUAAACGAGUGCCGCGAGGGCGGCAUGGUGUGUCGCAACGGGCGUUGCCGCAACACGGUGGGCUCGUUCCGGUGCGAGUGCGCGCCGGGCUACGUGCUCAGCCCCGACGCGCGCAACUGCCGCGACCUGGACGAGUGCGCCGAGCUGCCCGCGCCGUGCGGCACGGAGGGCUCGCCCGCCUGCACCAACACCAACGGCGGCUACGAGUGCUCGUGCGGCGCGGGCUGGCGGCUGGCGGGACGUCGCUGCGUCGACCGCGACGAGUGCCGCGACCUGCCCUACGCCUGCGCCGGCGGCGACUGCCACAACUUCAAUGGCGGGUACCGGUGCGACUGUCCGGCGGGUUGGCGCUUCGACCAGGCGUCGGCGAUGUGUGUGGACGAGCGCAAGGAGCUGUGCUACGAGCAGUGGGACGCCGGCCGCUGCCACAAGGCGCGCCCGCUGCAGCUCAGCCGGCCCGACUGCUGCUGCUCCGAAGGUGCCGCAUGGGGUCGAUACUGUGAGCGUUGUCCCACACCGGACUCCGCGGAAUUCUUGAGGAUCUGUCAGGGAGGAAUGGGACGACCGAAUCUUACACAGGACUUGGACGAGUGCAAGGUCCGGCCGGACGUGUGCAAGGGCGGGCACUGCAUCAACACGGACGGCUCGUUCCGCUGCUCGUGUCCGGCCGGCUACGUGCUGGACGGCAGCGGGCUGGUGUGCGUGGACGCCGACGAGUGCGCGCAGGACCCGCGCAUCUGCGGCAACGGCACCUGCACCAACACCGCCGGCGGCUACGAGUGCACCUGCAACCUGGGAUUCACGCAGGGAACGGAACAGACAUGCGUGGACGUAGACGAGUGCGCGGAGGGGCGCGCGGCGUGCUCGUUCCGCUGCCACAACACGCCGGGCUCGUGGCGCUGCACCUGCCCCUACGGCUACCGGCUGGCGGCGGACGGCGCGCACUGCCGCGACGUCGACGAGUGCGCCGCCGACCCCGCGCCCUGCCCGCACGCCUGCGAGAACGUCGUCGGCUCCUACAUAUGCAAAUGUCCCGAAGGGUACAAGCGCACGUCGGCGCCGCACGACGCGGCGGACGCGUGCGAGGACGUGGACGAGUGCGCGGAGCAGCGCGACCGCUGCGCGCCCGGAGUCUGCAUCAACACCGAGGGCGGCUUCCUGUGCGACUGCGACGCCGGCUACCAGCGCAGCGACGACGGACACUCCUGCAUCGAUCGAAGGACGGGCAUGUGCCAUAGAUCCUUGGUGUCGGGCAGAUGCACGCCCGAGCCGUGGCCGAGGUUCACGUCAUCCACGCCGGCGUUACCGUCACAAGUUACCAAGGCGCAAUGUUGCUGCACGCUGGGCGUGGCGUGGGGCCCGGAGUGCGAGCUGUGCCCGGCGGCGGGCUCGCCGGAGCGGCUGGCGCUGUGCACGCGCACCAACCUGGGCGGGGCGGGCGGAGGGCUGGGGGGCGGCUCACAGCUGGGAGGCGGCGAGGGUCGUCUGCCCGGCGUGUUGCUCGACGACGUGGACGAGUGCGCCGCCAUGCCCGACCUCUGCGCGCCCGGCAGAUGCGUUAACACUAUCGGCAGUUUCCGGUGCGUGUGCGGGCUGGGCUACAAGGCGGCGGGCGAGGUGUGCGCCGACGUGGACGAGUGCGCGCGGCGGCCGGCGCCCUGCGGCCAGCUGUGCCGCAACAGCGAGGGCUCGUACGAGUGCCUGUGCCGCGCCGGCUACGAGCUGGACGAGGACGGCGCCGACUGCCGCGACAUAGACGAGUGCGCGCGUGGCUCCCACACCUGCCAGCAGACCUGCAUCAACACCGAGGGCUCUUUCGAGUGCGACUGCCAGGACGGAUACGAGAAGCGCGGCGACGCCUGCGUCGACAUCAACGAGUGCCAGGAGGAGGGCCUUUGCCCGGCGCCGGGCAAGUGCGUGAACCUGCUGGGCUCGUACCGCUGCGUGUGCCCGCGCGGCUUCCGGCUGGACGUGGCGGGCGCGCGCUGCGUGGACCGCGACGAGUGCGGCGACGGCCGCUGCCAGCCCUGCCGCAACUACGCCGGCGGCUACCGCUGCGACUGCCCGCCAGGUUCAGUGCGCGCGGCGAGCGGCGGGUGCGUGCCGCAGGAUGCGUGCGCGGAGGGCCCGUGCGGCGCCGCACCGUGCUUCCCGCUCGGCGCCGCCUACCGCUGCGGCUGCCCGGCGGGAUACGGCUGGGACGCGGGUCACGGCGUCUGCCUCCAGCUGGGCGGCGGGUGCGCGGGCGCGAGCUGCCUGUUCGGUUGCACGGCGCUGGGCGGCGCGUACCAGUGCGGCUGCCCGGCGGGCUACGCGCUGGUGGGCGCCGGGCACUGCCUGGCCGCGCUGGACGCGCCCGGUGACGGCGACAUCGGCGACGCACCAGUCUUCCCCGUGCGCGACCAGUACCGCGUCGGCGGCGACUCCGACCUCAUAUCCACUGAGGGAUGCUUCAGCUGCAAGAUGAACGGCCGACACAGGAGAGCGCCGGAGGAGGGCAUCGUAUUUGCCAACGGCACUACUUACGUGCGUCGGCGCAGGAGGCGCAGUAGACGUCGUCGUUCGCUGCUGGAACCUGAGGCGGAGUUGAUAGUGGUGAAGGUGACGCCGCGUCAGACGUGGGGCCGCGCGCCGCUGCUGCGGCUGGUGCCGGCGGAGGGCGGCGGCAGACCGCACUACCGCAUCGCCUACGGGGACGACGACAAGGAUUUCGUGCUGUCUAAACGUGACGGCGCGUGGGCGCUGCGCCUGCGCAGGCACCUGAAGGUGCAGGCUUCGCUGGAGCGACAGCUGGAGCUGGAGGCGCGCUUCGUGCCGGCGCCGCAGCCCGGCAGACGGCGGCGGCAGCUCGCCGAGGCCGCGCCGGCGCCGCUGCGCCUCUACGUCUCCAUACACAUCGCUCCCGAGCGCUGACGCCGCGCCCUCUACUGAAACUCAUGUAUAUAAUUA